GAAGUUUUCCGGGUCUCAGUUAGGGAAAGAGGACGAAACAUCCACGUUUUCAACGCCCAUAUCUCGUUAUAUGGGUCAUAUAGCUGGAUUUUGUCGAGCUAUGUUUUGCUAAUCGACAGCGUUCACUGCUGCAUAACACAAAAACAAACGCGUAAUUUGCGCUUCAUUUAGGGAGAGAAAGGUUUGUUUUUACUACGUUUUUAGACAUCAUAUCGCAUGUUAAUGGUGAUUAAUAUAUUGAUACCACGAUGGCAGUGAAGGCUCAGGUAUUAUAUGACUUCACUGCUGAGCCUGGCAACAAUGAGCUGACUGUUCAUGAAGGUGAAACGCUCACCAUUACUAACCAGAAUGUAGGCGGUGGCUGGGUAGAGGCUCAGAAUUCCAGAGGAAAUGUAGGCCUGGUGCCAGUGGACUAUGUUGAGGUGAACUCUGCUUCCGCACAAGCACCGGCGACACAAUACAUUGAUGCCCGCAAUCAAGGCAACAACAACAGUACGGCAAAUACUCAGGGGGUUAAUGGAAAUGAGGCUUGGACUGCCACAACAUGGUCUAACAGCUACCCUGCAGACAACUGGAAUUACACUGAACAGGAACCAGCAGGCAACAAUGGUUCCGUGUAUUCCUUCGAUGAGGAAUGGGAUGAUGAUUCUGAUGAUGGAAAGUCGACUGGUGGUUAUGGAGGCUCGCAGGCGGAAGAUGGGGGAACCAUGCAGCGGAGUGGAGCUCACUCCACAAUGAAAUUAUCUCUCAACAAGUUUCCAGGGUUUUCUAAGACCCCAAACCCAGAAGUGUAUCUCCUUACCAAGCACAUAACUAAAGGAAAUGACAGACUGUCUGUUUAUCCAGGCGAGGUUGGUCCAGUAUGGUUAUAUCCACAAACACAGUUAGAUUGUGUAGUGGCCGAUCCCAAAAAGGGUUCAAAAAUGUAUGGCCUGAAGAGCUACAUUGAAUAUCAGAUCACACCUAAUACUACAAACAGACCCGUCAAUCACCGAUACAAACACUUUGACUGGUUAUAUGAGAGGCUGGUGGAGAAGUUUGCCUGUGCUCUGCCAGUCCCAGGUCUGCCUGAUAAACAAGUUACAGGCCGAUUUGAAGAGGAAUUUAUCAAAAUGCGCAUGGAGCGCCUGCAGGGCUGGAUGUCCCGGAUGUGCAGACAUCCUGUAAUCUCAAACAGUGAAGUUUUUCAGCUCUUCCUUAACUACAGAGACGAGAAGGAGUGGAAACUAGGGAAGCGGAAAGCGGAGAAAGAUGAAACGGUGGGAGUGAAAAUCUUCUCCACCAUUGAUCCAGAGCUCCCAGAGUUGGAUCCUGCUCAAGUAGAGCAGAAGUAUGAAGUGUACAACCAGUUUACCAGAUCUAUGGACAACAGUGUUAAAGAACUACUAGCAGUUGGGAAUCUUCACUGGAAAAGAUGUACAGGCCCAUUGCAGAAGGAGUAUCGGCAGAUUGGAAAGGCAUUUCAGAACAUGUCAUCAGUUUUCAACACCAGUGGAUACCCAAGGGAAUCAACUCUGACAGAAGCAUUAACUGCAACAGGGAAAACGUACGAGGAAAUAGCGGAAGUCAUUGCAGCUCAGCCAAGGAAAGAUCUUCAUUUCCUGUUGGAAACAAACAACGAAUACAAGGGGCUGCUGGGCUGCUUCCCUGACACAAUAGGAGUUCACAAGGCUGCCAUUGAUAAAGUGAAAGAAGCUGAUCAUUUGGUGAUGACGAACAAGAUCAGCCAGCAAGACAAACACACAAUGGAAAAAAACCUCAGCACCAUGUCUUACGCAUUACAAGCGGAGAUGAAUCACUUUCACAGCAACCGCAUCUAUGACUACAACAGACUCAUGCAGUUCUACCUAGAGGAGCAGGUCAAGUUCUACGAAACGAUUGCAGAAAAGCUGAAGAAAGCGCUCGGUCAGUACACCACCAUAUGAGGACACAGUCAAAACAGCAAUACUCAUCAAACUGUCAUGGGAACAUCAAAAAAAAACUGAUGCUGCUUUUGCUCUUUAUAACAUUAAUUCAGAAUUAACCAUCUUGUUUCCACUUAAAUGUAUUAAAGCUUUGUGAAAUAUAGAAAAUAUAGGUUAUAAGGGAACAAACUAUGUAAGAUUCUAUUGACUAACCAAUUAUUUUGUUCACAGAAAGAAGAUUUAAUCAAUUGUAUCUGUUACUUGUGCUAAUGCAACACACUCCUGAUAGUAAGACAUGUCGUUUUCUGUGCAAAUCGAAGUCUCUCAGGGAUGCGUUCACUCGGACUGGGCCUUCUAAACCAAAAUGGAGUUUAUUAACGUCUUAAUUACAUUUUCAGACAUGAUUUUAUUUACUUGUAAUGUGUGAAAUAAUAUGUGAAUCUGCAGAGUCCUGCGAUUAGGAUGGCAAAACUCAGAAGACUGAUUGCCUGCUGGUUCUCUUAAAGCAGUGUUUCUCAACCAUGUUCCUGGAGACCAACACUGCAUGUUUUGGAUGUCUCCUUUGUGUGUCACACCCAUUACAGGUCUUUCAGUCUCUGCUAAUGAGCUGAUGCUCUGAAUCCGGUGUGUUUGGUUAAGGAGAAAGGGAAAAUGUGCAGUGCUGGUGGUCCUCCUGGAACGUGGUUGAGAAACGCUGCCUUGAAGGCAUAGUUCACCCAAAAAUGAAAAUUCUAAAAUCGUUUACUCAUUCUCUGUUUGAGAUUCCAUUGAACACAAAUGAAGAUAUUCUGAAGAAUGUUGGGGAGAAAAAAACAGCUAUUGAUUUCAAUUGUAUCUUUUUAUUGCUGCUUGUGCUGUAAAUGGCCACAACAGUUAAUAAUCAGAAUAAUUUGUUUUGUGUUCAACAGAAGAAAGAAGUUCAUAAAAGUUUAAAACCACUUUAGUGUGAGGAAAUGUACCUUUUUUGGUGAACUAUCCCUUUAAUAUUUCCUGUGGGUUUUUAUUGUUUUUAUUUAUAUGUAAAAUAAGGUCUGUGGUUAGCAUAACUAGAGGAUUCUUUUACAUUUUGUGGUGUACUAGUGCAAACUGCACAUGCACACACCAAAGAUUUUAUCUAGCUUUCUGGUAGCAAUGUAGUUUUAAAAAAUAAACAACUGUUUUAGUCUGUGCUAAGUUCAAUAUUCAUUGAUUAUCACACAACUUUUACUCAAACAUUAAUUUGCUCACUCUCGGGCCAUGACUUUUUCCCUCAGAAGUACAUAAACAAAUAGCUGAAACUUGGUGAUUCAUAAAUCGCUAGUCAUCUGCUGCUGGCACUUUGAGUACACGAAAAAUACAAGCAACAAAGUUAAUAGCACUGAUUCCUGAUAAUACAUUGAGGUCAUAGAGGAAGUGCUAAAGUUUGAGAUUGUCCUGCAUAAACAGCAUUUGAAUGCUGAACUUGAAGUUAACAAACAAUUUAGACUCGCUUACAAAUAUUUUCCACUGCUAGAUUAAAGGUAAUGUUGUAAAUAAUGUUGAGUUUUGUUCACAGACUGAUUGUUUUACUUUAUAAGACCUCUGUGUAUUGUCAAGAGUCAUUUUGUUUUGUCUGUAUGCGUUUUGUUUUCUAUUUGUUUAACUAUCAAAAUGACAGAAACUGCAGAAAAAAAGCUUUUCUUACUUCGAUUUUUUUUUGUCUUGUUUCUAUUCCAAAUAUCUAUAAAUUCUUAAAUCAAGAAGCAUUUUCUAGACAAGAAAAAACAUGUUGUCUUGUUUAAAGAAAUAAUAUGCUAAAAUUAAGUGAGUUUUUCGUUAAAACAAGCAAAAUAAUCUGCCAAUAUGGUAAACGAAAUAGCCAUGUUAUUCCUUUUGACAUAUGAUUAUUUUACUUACCAUAUUGGCAGAUUAUUUUGCUUGUUUUAAGGAAAAACUCACUUCAAUGUGGCAUACUAGUUCUUAAAACAAGAUAUGUUUUACUUGUCUAAAAAAAUUCUUCUUGAUUUUAAGAAUUUUUGAUAUUUGGGCUAGAAACAAGACAAUCUAAGACAAGUGAGAAAAUCGUUUUUUGCAGAGUAUUAAUAGCAAAUUCCAACUAUUAUCUGAACUAUCCCUUUAGUUUACUAAUAAAUUAAAAUCGAAUGAUCUUGAAGGAACCAGUUGCAAAUGAGUCUUCCAGAUUUUGAGGUCAUGUCUGCGGCACUCCGUUGGAAAUGUCUGAUAUUUAGUGUUAUGUAUUGGAAAAAGUAAUAAGAAGUUGUUUUUUGUUUUGUAAAAUGUUGUGUGAAAAACAAGUAGAAAUGUCCCUGUCACAGUCAGUGUAUAAAAUGUUUGUAACUAGCCCUCUGGUGUGUAAUAAAUCUUUCUUUAUAUACCAUUGUAA